UGGAAUACAAUAAAUUAAUUAAAUAAUUAGGCGAGGUGAGUACUAACUCCACAGUGUUUUAUUUAUUUAUUUAUUUAUUUUUGGGGUUUAUGGGUUUUGGGUUUUUGUCAUUUGCAUAAAUAGACAUAUAUAGGGUGAUGAACAUGUCGUGUGAAUCCAACAAAAGGGACCGCCCAUCCACAACACCCUAAACCAACCCACUUCCCUUCCUUCAAUUCUUCUCUUAGGCGUUCUUCAUUCUUUGUGCUCCUUUAAAUCUUCUGUGCUUGCGUGGUGCAACUACCCUUCCAUCCAUCCGUCUAUCCAUCCAUGUUAAUCCCACACCACACUCCAUCUCUACUGUGAUCGAUCUCGAUCCAUGGAUAUCAACUGCAGUGGCGCUUCCGGCGAUGAUCCGAUAAAGACCACGUCCACCACCGCCACCACGUGUCCCCGAGGCCACUGGCGGCCCGCCGAGGACGACAAACUACGCAAGCUCGUCGAACAGUACGGUGCCCAGAACUGGAAUUCCAUUGCAGAAAAGCUCCAAGGAAGAUCAGGGAAGAGCUGCAGAUUAAGGUGGUUUAAUCAACUAGAUCCUAGAAUUAACAGAAGACCAUUCACAGAAGAGGAAGAAGAAAAGCUUCUGGCGGCUCAUCGAAUCCACGGGAACAAGUGGGCGCUAAUAUCCCGGCUCUUCCCUGGCCGAACCGAUAACGCUGUGAAGAACCACUGGCACGUGAUCAUGGCAAGGAAGCACAGAGAGCAAUCCAAGCUCACAGGAAAGAGAAGCUUCAAAGAUGUUUUCAGCAGUAGUACUAAUGGAUCCAACGUGGGCUCCAAUAAUUUCUCAGCUGCAAGGACCAAUAAUAAUUCAAGAAAGCACAAUGUUUCUGCAGGUGGGACGUUAUUUGGGUUCCUAUCGCAUUCGAACACGACUACUUCCUCACCUUCUUGGAUUUUCGGGCAUCAGUCGAUGGCUACUGGGGCAAACAACGGUUUGUCUUCAGCCGGUUUGUUAUCCAGAAGAGAAGGAAGAUCAGUAUGCUUCAGUUCUAGUAACCCUAGUAAUUAUUGUGUUAUGGAGAGCUCAAACAGUUCAUCAGAUGAUCAAUCAUUUUAUCGAAACUACUCAAAUAUUAAUUCAAGUAAUCCUAGUACUGCUACUGCCUUGGGGCAGCUUCCAAACUACAGGAGAGUAGUACUGCCUUGGAGCUCAGAUGGGCACUCCAGGCUUGGCAAUGGGAGUAUCCAAGCUAAGGAACCGAUCAACAGGACGGGGUUUGUGAGUUUCGGUGAUAACUCGCCGAGGUUCACGACAAAAAGAGCAAGUAGUACUGGACUGCAGGAGCACGGAGAGGAGUUGGUCCAACCGAAGGAAACGCCCUUCAUAGAUUUUCUUGGUGUGGGGAUCUCUUCCUGAUCAUCCCAACUCUAGCUGUUAUCUAUAUAUAUAUUUAUAUACAUAUUCUUUAUAAUAUGUAUAGAGAAUUUAAUUGCAUUAGCUUCACCAAAUGAUGAUUUUCCUGGAUGCAUGUGUGGGUGUUCCAGGCAUAUACAUGAAACCCUCAAGUUAUGAUUGACCAAUUGGCAUUUUGGCUGCUAAUUAUUAAUUAGUUCUCUACUCAAUUAGAUUGCAAUAUAUAUUCCCUUUGAUUGAUUAAUCAUAUGGGAAUGAAUUAAGUACUUACCAUUAAUGUUAAUGAGCAUAUUUAUUAAGUC